AACUUACUAUUAACCGACCUUCGAUGCAAGUAAAAGCAAGAAACGCCGUUGCUUUGCCGGAUUAAGCGGGCUGGGAAUUCGGUUUCUUCUAAAUCUUCUCUGUUAUUUGACUGUUCCGAUUUUUUCUUUCUGGCUGCGAUUUGGAUUCCAAACAUUUCAAUUUCUGCUGACAAAUUAAGAAUUCGCUGAAGCUCAAUUAUGCAGCGAUUCGUUGACAACGUCCUCGCUGUGACGAAAGAUGCAGGUCGGUCAAGACAUUCACUUUUGAGGCUUUGCAUACUAUUGUGAGGCUGAUAAAUGGAGUGUCGGCAUUUUUGUUGACCAUAUUGCCAGGGAAGGCUAAUAUCCUUGAAGGCAUCCAUGGCUGGGAGCUUAGGCCAACUGUUCGUGGACCUCGAUAUCCCCGCUGGAUGGAGAAUGGGGUUUCCUCUUUCAACAAAUUUAUUCAUGAGCUGUCUGUGGAUUCUGAUACUUCAAGCGAGGAUUAUUCAUCAGCAGAAGAAGAUAUUGAUGGACUAUGUCCUGCAUCACCAUUGUCUCAAAAUUCACAAUUCUCCCAUGCAAAUUCUUUCACAAAGAAUACUGGGUACUGGACAGGAUGGCCUAUGUUCUUAUUAUCAUGGAUUCUCUUUCCUGUGAGGUUUCUGCUGGGGUUACCAUUACGACUUUGUCAUUUAUUUUACAGUAGGGAUUCAGCAACCUCCUCUGUGAGGGGAAGACGCAAGCCUUCACGAUUAUGCUCUUUUGCGAGAGUGCAUCGCACAACUGACAGGAGACGUGGAGUCAUUGAGGAUCUUCAUCUGGCAAUCGAGAUGUUCAUAGAAUCGAUAUUUGAUUUUUUCCACAAAGCUGCACAUUUUCUUCUUUCUCCAUCAGAAGUUAAGAGAGUACUAUAUAGAUGGUUUUCAUCUCAGAGCCGUGGCAAUGAAGAUACUUAUGGCCUGUCAGAUGCAUGUGUGCCCACUGCCACACUUGGAGAGAAUGAUCCAACUCUUACAGAAAGAAAAACCACUUUUCAUCAGUCUCUGAAUACAGAUGCUCGGACAUGUCAGGAUGUAAUAACAGAGCUUGGGUACCCAUAUGAAGCAAUUCGGGUUAUCACUUCUGACGGAUAUGUUCUUCUUCUGGAAAGAAUUCCCAGACGUGACUCACGGAAGGCUGUAUACCUUCAGCAUGGGAUCUUGGAUUCAUCCAUGGGUUGGGUGUCCAAUGGUAUUGUUGGCUCUCCAGCUUUUGCAGCAUAUGAUCAAGGGUUUGAUGUUUUCCUUGGGAAUUUUCGUGGUUUGGUUUCUCGGGACCAUGUCGACAAGAACAUUUCCUCACGGAAGUAUUGGAGGUAUUCUGUCAACGAGCACGGGGUUGAGGAUAUUCCAGCAAUGAUAGAGAAGAUUCACCAAGUUAAAACUGCAGAAUUGAAAAUUAGCCAGCCUGAACUCGAGGAAGAAAGGAAUGGUGAUCAGCCUUACAAACUCUGUGCAAUUAGCCAUAGCUUGGGAGGAGCUGCCAUGCUGAUGUACGUUAUAACACGCCAUAUUGAAGAAAAGCCUCAUAGACUUUCCAGAUUGAUCUUAUUGUCACCUGCUGGUUUCCAUCAUGACUCACCCCUGCCAUUAACAGCUAUGGAGUAUCUGGUGCUUUUGUUGGCCCCUGUUCUUGGACCUAUCGUACCGGGCUUAUACAUACCAACAAGAUUUUUCCGUAUGUUGGUAAACAAGUUGGCUCGAGACUUUCAUAACUACCCUGCAGUUGGAGGACUGGUUCAGACCCUAAUGAGUUAUGUUGUUGGUGGAGAUAGCUCAAACUGGGUAGGAGUAUUAGGACUACCACACUACAACAUGAAUGACAUGCCAGGGCUCUCAUUCUAUGUAGUUCACCACCUUGCACAAAUUAAACAUGAAAAAAAAUUUAUAAUGUAUGAUUACGGAAGUGCAUCUGCCAACAUGGCAUUGUACGGAUCUCCAAAGCCUCUGGACUUGGGUGAAUACUACGGGGUCAUUGAUAUUCCUGUUGAUUUGGUCGCCGGAAAGAAGGACAAUGUGAUUCGGCCUACAAUGGUGCAAGAACAUCAGAGGCUGAUGAAGGAUGCUGGUGUGGAUGUAUCGUAUAAAGAGUAUGAAUAUGCUCACUUGGACUUCACAUUCUCUCACCAUGAAGAACUGUUAGCCUAUGUGAUGUCACGCUUGCUGCUGGUGCAGGCCGCACAGAAGCAACCAUGUAAUCAGAAGGCCUCGAGGUCAACAGAAAAGGCCAAGUAAACCAUAUAAUCAGGAGUGAGGUACUCAAGUAGCCAAGUUCCCUGCUUUUUUCUGGAUUUGGCAUACAUGUUGUAUCUUUAGAACCAAGUUGUUGUACGUGAUCGAUUAGAUACUUGUAGUAGAUCCAUAAAUGCUUCAGUCUUCCCAACUCGUCUUUGCGAGGAAAGCGCGACACGAUUCUUGGUUGGAUUUUGCAAUCAAAAGUUGUAUCCUUGUUGUAGGAUAUUGGUCAUGGUGAUAUUUGUAACUAUGUAGUGCAGAGACUAGGAUAUUUGAAGAU